AUGUCGUCGUCGGCGGCCAAGCCCGAGCUGCCUCUGCUCCCCGUGGCGCCGCUGGACGGAGAGAGCGGCUACCUCCGCUGGAAGGAGUCGGUGCUGCUCCGCCUCCACACCCUCGGCCUGGCGCACGUGCUGUCCGAGGAGGAAGAGCCGGAGCGUCCCGCCGUCGUGAAGCAGCAGCGGGCGCGCGACGACGCGCUGUGCCGCGGCCACAUCCUCGCCACGCUCUCCGACCGCCUCCUGCCGGUGUACGCUCACCACGCCACCGCCGGUGCCGUCUGGCGCGCCGUGGGUCUCACCUACGAUCUGGACGCGGGGACGUUCUUGUCCAGGUGCAAGACCAGUGCUUUCCGGUACGAUGAGGGCAAGCCCCUCCUGGAACAGCUCGCGCUCCUGCAGGCCUUGGCCACCCUCGGAAAGAGCCUAAUAUGUCUCGAGCAGGACCUUGCCCUCCGUGGGUUCCCGUCGGAGGUGGUACGGAAGGUCCACAAGCGCGGCCCCGGUGUGCCUAUGGACGAAAUCUGGGAGAUCGCUCGGAAGCAUGAGGAGUUGGGCAGGCUGCGAGAAAUUGAUCAGCACGCUCACCACACGUCAGAUGAUUCUCGGCCCCUGAAACGGGAGAGACAGGGGAGGUAA